AUGGACUAUCUCGCCGCCGCCUUCCGGGCGGCCUUCGAGCUGCUGAUCUCUUUCGACGCCGAUCUCUGGGAGAUCGUCGCCCUGUCGCUGCAGGUCAGCCUCUCGGCGGUGCUGAUCGCGGCGCUGAUCGGACUGCCGCUGGGCGCGGCGGUGGCGCUCUUCUCCUUUCCCGGGCGCGGCGGGCUGAUCGUGGUGCUCAACGCCCUCAUGGGCUUGCCGCCGGUGGUGGUCGGGCUGCUGGUCUACCUGCUGCUGUCGCGGGCCGGGCCGCUGGGGGUGCUGGGCCUGCUGUUCACGCCGAGCGCGAUGAUCAUCGCCCAGGUGAUCCUGGUGCUGCCGAUCGUCGCCGCGCUGACCCGCCAGGUGAUCGAGGACCUCUGGGGCGAGUACCGCGAGCAGCUCGUCUCGCUGGGCACCAGCAAGGGCGACCUGCCGCUGGCCCUCGGCCUGGGCCUGGUGCUGCUGCUGCUCACCCUCGUGAUCAACGCCGCCGCCGAGGGCGUGCGCCGCUAUGCGGCGACCGCCCCGCCGGCGGCACGCCCGCGCACGGCCGGCGGCCGCUUCGAGGACAGCAUCCUGCCCGGUCGCUUCGAGCAGGUGGUCUACGAAGUCGGCGGCAAGCGUCUGAUCGACGGGCUGGACCUGACCCUCGAGGCCGGGCCGCUCAGCGUCAUCCUCGGGCCCAACGGCGCCGGCAAGUCGCUGACCCUGCGCCUGGCCCACGGCCUGAUCCGGCCGACCGGCGGGCGCGUGCUCUGGCAGAACCGCAAGCUCGACGGGGCGGGACGCGGGCCGCGCCGCCAGGCCAUGGUGUUCCAGAAACCGGUGCUGCUGCGCCGCUCGGUCGCCGCCAACCUCGACUACGCCCUGGCGGUGCACAAGGUGAACGGGGCCGAACGCCGGCGGCGGCGCGCGGAGGCGCUGGAGCGCACCGGGCUGACCGCCUAUGCGCGCCAAGCGGCGCGCACCCUGUCGGGCGGCGAACAGCAGCGGCUGGCCAUGGCCCGGGCCUGGGCCCUGCGCCCGCAGGUGCUGUUCCUGGACGAGGCGACGGCCAGCCUGGACCCGGCGGCGACGGCGGCGAUCGAGGAGAUCGUGCGCGCCAUGCACGCCGAGGGCUGCAAGAUCGUCAUGACCACCCACGACCUGGGCCAGGCUCGGCGCCUGGCCGACGAGGUGAUCUUCCUCAACCGCGGCCGCGCGCUGGAACAGGCGCCGGCGGCCCGCUUCUUCGCACAACCGGCGAGCCAGGCGGCGCGGGACUACCUGGCCGGCAAGCUCGUCUGGUGA